GAGUCCUCACAUGUUGCUGUUUCUACAUGUGUGCCACAGUAAAACUCCCAUGAAAUAUUUAUGUUCCACAGUUAUAGCAGACGAAACUUCGCUUAAAGGCAUUCGCUGCACGACUUGAAGUCAAGGAUAGUUUCUAGUAUACUGUAGGGUUGUACAGCGAACCACGCUGCUUAGGAUAUCAAAACAUGGGCGUUGAAGUUGAGGUUGUUGCUGGAAGUUAUGAGCAGAUUUCAUUUGGCUAUCAUGUGUGCAGAGAUGGAGAGGACUGGACAUCAACGCCUCACUUCACCCAUCACGCACAUACAGCUAGUCUGUCAGCUGUAGCAUCUAACAACAGGUAUAUUGCCACAGGCAGUAAAGACGAGACCAUACAGCUGUAUGAUAUGAAGAAGAAGAUUGAACAGGGAGCCUUACUGCACCAUGAUGGUACCAUCUCGUGUCUGGAGUUCUAUGGCUCAGCUCACUUACUCAGCGGAGGAGAGGAUGGACUGAUGUGCGUGUGGAGGACAAAGAAGUGGGAGUGUCUAAAAACCAUAAAAGCACACAAGGGCCGCUUAACCUCAUUAUCAGUCCACCCAUCUGGGAAACUUGCUCUGUCUAUUGGUACAGACAGAACACUCAGAACAUGGAAUCUAACCGAUGGAAGAUCAGCGUUUGUCAAAAACCUCAAACAGAGUGCUGAUAUAGUUAGAUGGUCUCUUGAGGGAGAUAAAUAUGUGGUGGUGACCAACGAUAAGAUAGAUGUUUACAACCUUGACACUGCCACAGUGACCACAACCAUCACCAAUCCCUCAAGAAUAUCAUCCAUCAAGUUUGUGCAGAACACUUGUCUAGCUGUGGCUGGUGAUGAUGAGACAGUCCGGCUUUUUGACCUCACAACAGAGAAGUGUACGUGUGAGUUCAAGGCUCAUGAAACUAGGGUAAAAGCAGUGGAUUGUUUCAUGCUGGAUGACUUCUGUGUUAUUGUGACAGCAUCAAAUGAUGGAUUCAUCAAAUUGUUUAAACUGCAUCUUGACAAGCUUUCCGAGCCUCCCAAGCUUUUGUUGGAGGUGAACACGACAGCAAGACUCACUUGCCUGACUGUGUUCAAGCCGACUGCAGAGAGUGAGGCCACAGAGGAACAAAAUCCUGAGCCAACCUCCUCUACAGCCACAGAUGACCUGCCUUUGCCGUCCAAGAAUAAGAGGGUCAGGAUUGCUACAGAGGAGGUUGUUCUUGAAGAAGAGCGUAGCACCAAAAAGGUCAAGAAGGGUGGUAACAAGAAAAAGACUCAAUAAACUCCCCUUUUUACACAUGAA